CGCCAAUAAACCCGAAGAAGAAGAAGUAGUCCUGUCAUUUGUGCAGCUUUGUUGUCAUUUUAUCUUCUUUCAUGGGGUUUUAAAUGAAGGUUUUGUACUGAGUGACAGUACUGAGUGACAGACUCUUUUACGCACGCGUGUUUUAAUUUUUUUAACAUGGAGAUCUUGGGCAGCACUUUUGACGAUUCUGUGUUUGAAGAAUCACGGAGCAAAGUCUUAGCGGUUCUUCCCACAUACGAGCCCAAACUCUGCGAACCUCAGUGGUUUUGUCACGAUGGAAAUAUUGAAGGUACGCUAGAAGAGCAAAAAAAACAUAAGUUCAGAGGAGACCUGGCCUACGGGAGGAAACAGUAUCAGGUGGCUCUGGAUGAGUACAUGUUAUGCCUUUCUCUGUUACCUGCUGGAAACACAUCAGUAAAGCGAGAUGUUCUCGAAGGGAUUGCACGAUGCUGCUGUCAUCUGGGACGGAAAGAAGAGGCUCUAAAUGCCUGCGAGAAACUGAGGUCUGAAAUCUCCAACACGUGCCAUCUUACAUGCGUCCUUCAGCUGGAACUGAGUAUUCAUGAGCACUAUCAAGAUCUUACAAAGAGCAUCUCCAGCCUCCAGCAGUUGUGCUGUCUUCAUCCCUAUCAUCCGUGGCACUGGCUGAAUCUAGCCACGAGUUAUCAAAGACUCCUGGAGUCUCACAGCAGCCUGGAGGAAGAACCUGAUGAUCCGCUCCAGACAAAUAACAUUUUAAAACUAAAGACUAUCAUGUGCUUUAUUAGAACAAGGCUGUUAAUUGAAAUCCUGAGGAUUCAGCAGUUCUCAUUCGUGUUGGAGACCGGUCAGAAGGUUCUACAAGAGACUGAUGAAGCUCUGAAGGUUCUGCAUCCAAGCGAGAAAACACUACAAACAGUGUCUGAGGUAAUGUCAGAAGACCUCAAUCCAGAGAAGAUGAGGGAGGAAAACCAAGAUGGGGAGAGUUUAUCAGGUCUUCAUAUUAAAGACUUUGAUGACAGAUGGUGGAACAAACUGCACACGAAAUUGCAGGAGACAACAACCCUGCCCAUGCACACAAUACUGGUGGACAGAUGAACAAAUAUUGCUAUGCAAUUUUUAGAAGUUAAUUUUUAUUAGAG